AACUUUUUCCCUGCCCCACUUUUCCUUCUACCCUUUACUAUAAAUACACGUCAAAUUCAACAUAACGUUAACAUUCAUUAACCAACCUUCUUUCUCAAUUUCCAACUUUCUAAGCCCCAUUUUGAACCAUUCAUAUAUUUCUCAACCUAAGUUUACUCAUGUCUCCUGCAAUGGCAAUGAAUGAUGAAAGGAGUGAGGAUUGUCAUGCAAUAGAAAGUGAAUAUCAUAAAGGAGUGAAGCAUUUGUAUGAGAAAGGUUAUCUUCACAAGGUACCAAAGAAGUAUAUGUUUCCAGCUUCAGAAAGACCCACAAAGAGUAUGGAUGAUGAUUCAAAUGUUGCUAAAGAAAAUCUUCAGCUACCCAUAAUUGAUUUCACUGAUCUUAUUGGUCCAAAUAGGCUACAAGCUCUUGAGUCUCUAGCCAAUGCUUGUGAACAAUAUGGAUUUUUCCAGCUAGUAAAUCACAACAUAUCAGAUGAUAUAACGAGGAGCAGCAUAGAUGUUGCAGGAAGGUUCUUCGAUCUUCCAUUGGAGGAGAGAGCUAAGUAUAUGACAACUGAUAUGAGAGCAGCUGUUAGAUAUGGGACCAGUUUCAGUCAAACAAAAGACUCCGUGUUCUGUUGGAGAGAUUUCUUGAAACUCAUUUGUAAUCCUUUGCCUGAUUUCGUCCCUCAUUGGCCUGCCUCUCCAUUGGACUUUCAGGAAGUGGUGGCCAGCUAUGCAGAAAAAACCAAACAUUUGUUCUUGACAAUAAUGGAAGCCAUCCUAGAAAGUUUAGGAAUUAUGGAAGAGGAGGCCAAAGAAAAUGACAACAAUAAUAAUAAUAAUAAUAUUAUGAAAGAAUUGGACAAUGGGAGCCAGAUGUUGGUAACCAAUUUUUACCCACCAUGCCCUGAACCAGACCUAACACUUGGAAUGCACCCUCACUCUGAUUAUGGCUUCCUCACACUUCUCCUCCAAGAUGAAGUGGAGGGUUUGCAAAUCCAAUAUCAAGACAAAUGGCUCACUGUUCAACCUAUUCCCAAUGCUUUCGUUGUCAAUAUUGGUGAUCAUUUAGAGAUAUUUAGCAACGGAAAAUACAAGAGUGUAUUACAUAGGGUUCUGGUGAAUAAAGCUAAGAGCAGAGUAUCAGUGGCUUCUCUGCAUAGCCUUCCUUUUGACUGCACUGUGAGACCGUCACCAAAACUCAUUGAUGAAGAGAAUCCAAAGCGUUACAUGGACACAGAUUUUGCUAGCUUUCUUGCGUAUGUGUCUACAAGAGAAACCAAGAAAAAGGAUUUCCUAGAGUCCAGAAAAUUACCAUACACAUAAUUAGUACGUAAAUUAAUUAAGAGUUUAGAUAUUAGAUAUUGAAGUGAUCAAGGGAGACAAUGUAUCAUGCUCAUGCUUCUUCAAGUGAAAAAUUAGCUUUAUUUGUAAGAACAACUAAUUAGCUUCUUCAAGUCAUACCUAGUUGAAUUUUGCAUAUAAAAGAUAACGGAUGCUAGAACAACUAAUUAACGGUUCCGGUAGAAACCAAAAUAGGAUUGCAUGGCUCAAACCCAGCUCAAGAAAUAUCAAAAUAAAUGUGAUGCUAAUCUUAAUCAAGUUGGUACAUGGGGAUUAGGAGUUGUGCUGCAACAAUAUGAACCUCACUGCAUAUAAUAUGCUCUGAUUGUAAAACAUUGGUUAGGGUUUUGAAUGAAAGAAAAACAUCCCUGUAUCUUAUCAAAGAAACAUCAUUUUAGGUAUAAAAAAUAAACAAUGUCGUUUUAGGGAAUGUUUGUUCCGACAAAUAUGUAAAAAAGAGAACAAUGUUGCUCAUAACUUGGCCUAAUACGCUCUUGUAGAGGUCUCAACAGAGUUUGGAUUGAGGAAAGUUCCUCGUACAGUUGUGAACUUUCUCCAUAUGGACUAGAUCUAAUAAUAAUCCAAUUCUUUAUGUCAA